UAGCUUCAAUUUGCAUUAUCCCACAAUUCAAUCUCUACUCUUUCAGUAGAGCGCUUUCUUUCUCUUCUUCCAAGUAUAGGAAAGAACUCACUUCUGUUUCUUUUUUUUGUUCUGUGAAAAACGAUGGUCGAGAAUUCUGCAGCAAAGAGCCAUUCCCAUCAAGUUUUUGAUGUCUCCAUUGACAUCCAUGCACAAACUGGCACCGAGUGGCUAGAUGAUGAUGGUCGCCUUAAGCGAACUGGGACUCUGUGGACUGCUAGUGCCCAUAUCAUAACAGCUGUGAUUGGGUCUGGGGUUCUGUCCCUGGCCUGGGCCAUAGCUCAGCUUGGAUGGAUUGCUGGUCCUACUGUGAUGUUCUUGUUCUCUUUGAUCACUUACUAUACUUCUAUUCUGCUCUCUGCCUGCUACCGUUCUGGUGAUCCUCUCACUGGCAAGAGAAACUACACUUACAUGGACGCUGUUCGCUCCAAUCUUGGUGGUGCUAAGGUCAAGAUAUGUGGAUUGGUUCAGUACCUUAACCUCUUUGGAGUUGCCAUUGGUUACACAAUAGCAUCAUCCAUAAGCAUGAUGGCUAUUAAGAGGUCUAAUUGUUUCCACAAGAGUGGGGGCAAGAAUCCUUGCCGCAUGAAUGCUAAUCCUUACAUGAUUGCUUUUGGGAUCACAGAAAUUAUUUUCUCGCAAAUUCCUGACUUUGAUCAGCUAUGGUGGCUCUCCAUUGUUGCAGCUGUUAUGUCCUUCACUUACUCAACUAUCGGUCUCGGACUUGGCAUUGCUAAAGUUGCAGAGAAUGGAAAAUUUAUGGGAAGCUUAACUGGAAUAAGCAUUGACACUGUGAGCCAAACCCAGAAGAUAUGGAGGAGCUUCCAAGCACUUGGAGACAUUGCUUUUGCCUAUUCCUACUCCUUCAUCCUCAUUGAAAUUCAGGACACAAUCAAAUCCCCACCAUCAGAAGCCAAGACGAUGAAGAAAGCAACUCUAGUAAGUGUUGCAGUGACAACCCUUUUCUACAUGCUCUGUGGCUGCUUUGGCUACGCUGCCUUUGGAGAUAUGUCCCCUGGAAAUCUCCUCACAGGUUUUGGCUUUUAUAACCCAUAUUGGCUACUAGACAUUGCCAAUGUUGCCAUAGUAAUCCACCUUGUUGGUGCAUAUCAAGUCUACUGCCAACCCCUCUUUGCUUUCAUUGAAAAAGAAGCAGCACAAAGAUUCCCAGAUGGCUACUUCAUUACCAAGGAAAUCAAAAUCCCAAUUCCUGGUUCCCGUCCCUAUAAUCUUAACCUCUUUAGAUUGGUUUGGAGGACAGCUUUUGUGAUCUUGACCACUGUGAUUUCAAUGCUCCUUCCCUUCUUCAAUGACAUAGUUGGCCUCCUGGGAGCUUUAGGAUUUUGGCCAUUAACUGUUUACUACCCAGUUGAGAUGUACAUAGCACAAAAGAGGAUACCAAAAUGGAGUACAAGAUGGCUCUGCCUCCAAAUCCUGAGUUUUGCUUGCCUUAUAAUUACCAUAGCAGCAGCGGCUGGCUCCAUUGCUGGAGUCGUUGGUGAUCUGAAAUCAAUCAAGCCCUUCCAGACCUUUUACUGAAUCAGUAGAUUUGGCUAUCACUCAUCCACAUUGGGACAAAGAUCAAGAAUACAAAUCAAGGAGUAAGCAAAUUAAGGAGAACAACCUGAAGUUGCAGCCUAUUUACGUUUCCUGAUGCAAAUGCAAAUUUAGGAAAAUUUCUUUUUUUAAUCUUCAAGAACCUGCAAGUGUAACAUGUGCGCAUAUUCACAUGCAAAUGUUAAAUGUUUCAUAUUCUUAGCGUAAGUUUCACCGUGUAAUAGAGUCCAGUCUUAUUGAACAAAUUGACAUUAGCUUUAGCA